UACAGGAAAGAGUAAUCAAAACCUGACGAUGUGGGGAUCGCGACCGAGCAUGCAGAGGAUGGAGAUCUCGCGGAGAGUGGUGGGAGGAACGCCUUCUUCGUCUUCGUGGAGACGAGUCUUCUUCAAAGCGGCGAUGAGACCAGUAGCUUUCUCUCUCGCUCUGUACACUUUGCCGUAAGUGCCUCCCCCUACUUUCUCUAGCUUCUCGAAGGCUUCCAUGGCCGACACUUUGCCGUAAGAUUGGUUUUAUAGAUAGAAACCGAUUUUGUAUAAAACAAGUCUCUGUUAUGAAAGAGGCAAGUUUUUAUUAUUUAAAAGAUCAAACUUUUUGUUGGUUAUGUUUAUUGUAUGGUGUUGUGAUUGAUUCUUUAUCAGGCUUGUUGUAUGAUUACUCCCCAUAUCGUCAAGUUUCAAGAAUCCAUGGUUUUGUGAUUGAUUUUUUAUGGUGUUGGUGUAUUAUGCCAUCAAGUUUCAAAACUUGAGCGUGCUCUUAAAAUUUCUGAGGUUCAUAGCUCGUGGCUUCCCCAGCGAUAAAAAAGACCAUGAAAACGCAUGUUGAGCCACACGUACAAGCACUGUCUACCAAAGCUGAUAAGGUAAACCACUUUAUGCUCUUUGAUUGUGAAGUUCAAUGAAUUUAGGAUGAUCAAUGCUUGGUUGAGUCUAGUAUCUUGGUAGUUGGCUUUAAUUACGGGCUGUCUAAUCAAAUGUGCUCACCUAAUGUGAUCAAUGCUUGGUUGGUUUUAGAUUAGGUAAGACUUUAUUUCUAACACCACACACUUGAAACACUUAAACACACUCACACUUGUUAUAAAUGAAAGCAACACACUCACACUCGUCCUUAUUCGGUUCCAUUCUCUCUCUCCUUCUCCUUUCUCCACCAGAAAGUAGGAAUGGAUUCUUCAAAUUCAUUUACUCAGUCUUCAGGUUUUUUGGAACUGUUAAGUAGCCAACAGUGUGAUCCUGUCUCACAAAGCAUAACUUUUGGAUCUUCAGAAGUUCCUAUUUUUAGUUCCCAGUAGACUAAUAAUGUUCCAACUCAAGCUGAAGAGACAACUGAAGACAGAAGAGGCAGAAGGAAUUGGUCACAGAAGUAAGAUGUGGUGCUCAUAAGUGCUUGGCUUAACACAAGCAAAGAUUCGGUCAUAUGGAAUGAGCAAAAGGUUGGCUCCUUUUGGAAAAGAGUUGGAGCUUACUUCAAUGCAAGUCCUCAACUUGUUGGUAUGGCAGAUAGAGAGGUUGGCAACUGUAAGCAAAGGUGGUCCAAGAUCAGUGACCAAGUCUCCAAGUUUGUUGGCUCGUUACGUGCUGCAACAAGUCAGCAGUCAAGUGGGCAGAAUGACAAUGAUGUAAUGAAGCUUGCUAAUGAAAUCUAUCACCAUGAUUACGGUGCCAAGUUCACACUUGAGCAUUGUUGGAGGGAGCUCAAAAAUGAACAUAAAUGGCUGGCAACUUUUGGGACAGAUAACAGCAAGUUAAAAAAAAGGAAGGAUGCUUCUCAAGCUUUUGUCCAGUCAUCAAGCCAUGGAGAUCAUGAAGAGGCUCGUCGUAAAGGUGUGAAGAAGGAAAAGGCAAGGUUGAAGGCUCAAAUGAGUGCGAAAGAGAUGGAAGCAACCAGCAGCAAGCCUGUGGAGAAGUUGGAGAAGUUGCAAGAGAUGUUUGAGAUAAGGAAGCAGGAUCAUGAAUUAAAGAGGCAAGAUUUUGAAAUGAAAGAGAAGCUUAAUAAGCAACAUAUGUUGGAGACUCUCCUUGCAAAAAAAAGAACCUCUUAGUGAGAUUGAAAUGGCUUUAAAGAAAAAACUAAUAAGUGAUAUGUUGUUAUAGAGUCAGUCUGCUUAUGCUUAUGUUUUUCAGGUCAGUUUGUUGUUCUUUGUUGAGUCAGUCUGCUUCUGCUUAUGUAUUUGUUUAUGUUUUUCAUGUCAGUUUGUUGUUCUUUGUUGAGUCAGUCUGCUUCUGCUUAUGUAUUUGUGAGUUUUGUUACUUUAGAUUGAUGAGAAAGACCAAUGUUCUAAUACCAGAAUAAUUUCAAGUGUUCAUCUGUUUUUUUUUUUUUCAGUUUUGAGUUGGGGUUUUGUACGUGGUAUUAUGGUCUGAGGAGAUUAGGAAAAAGGUGGUUUCCGACAAAGUACGCGUUGGAGAAACUGUUCGGGCUAACAGUACCACUGCAAGAGGUAAUAAUCAAUUGAUGUGUCUUUUGCUUGUUCAACAAGAUUCCGUUGAAUCGGUCCAAAAACCUGCAACUUGAACCCAUGAAAUAAUGUACAUGUAAGCUACUUUAGGAGAGGAUUAUGGUCAGAAUAAAAGGUAGUGAAUCACGACCAAGUAAUAUAUAGAAAGUUCUACUUGCAGAGAGUUCAUAGAAUCAAUCGGAGUACGCAUCGGAGCUAUGAUCAAUUCAAAUCACCUUCAAAGUUGGGCCAAAAUCAUUUAUAUCAGCAGAAACUGGAGAAAAUGUUCUAUUGCUGCAUUGUUAGGACUCCGUUUGACAAGGUAAAUUAAUUUUUAUUUAGUUGAUAUUUGGUAUAGAUAAUCAUGAAAUAUUCGACUUCAUAAUCAACGGUGAGAUUUUGAAGUGGACGGUUGGAUUAGUAGUUAUUCAUGUCUUUCUGAAUCAGUUUGAUGCACUGUAAAACAGAGUGAUAUGUUUGAUGAAUUGUCUUGUUUGAUUGGAAAAUGAGCUCGGACAGAGUGAUAUGUUUGAUGUCUUGUUCAAUAAUUAUAAGUUUUUUUUAUUAUAAAA